CUUGAUUCAUGAAGUCCUAAGCUAAUGGGGCAAUCAAGAUGAUCACUUUUCAUACAAAAAUCAUCCCGAAGCAACGCAGAUGCUCCAGUACAUCACGUCCCUCUUCAAGAAAUGCUCGACCCUCGCGAACGUCAAGCAGAUCCACGCGCGCGUCAUCCGGGCCGGCUCGACCGAGAGCAAGAACCUCAACCUCUUCGUCCUCGGCAAGAUCAUCAACUUCUGCGCCGUGUCCGAGCACGGGGACAUGGGCUACGCGGCCAAGGUCUUCGAAAGCGCGAGGAAGCCAGAUGGGUUCCUCUGGAACGCGAUGAUCCGGGGGUUCGGCAACUCGGGUCGGCACGAGAGGGCCUUCGAGUACUACCGGAGGAUGCGGGGCGCCGGGGUGGCGGCCGACAACUUCACGUUCUGUUUCUUGCUCAAGGCCAGUUGGCAUCUGGGGUCGGUUCCCCUCAGCAGGCAGCUGCACUGCAGCACCGUCAAGUGUGGCCUGGACGAGCACGGGUUCGUGAGGAACGGCCUCGUCCACAUGUACGGGAUGAUCGAGGACAUCGAGGCUGCGGUGCGGCUGUUCGACGAAAUGCCUGAACGGAACGUGGUGGCGUGGAACACCAUGCUCGAUUGCCUCGUGUCCUGUGGCCGGGGCGGAGAAGCCCUCGACGUGUUUGCGGAUAUGAUGCGAGGCGGCGGCAUAGGACCCGAUGAGGCCACCUUUGUUGUGAUGCUCUCGGCUUGUUCCCAAGUGGGUGCCUUGGACUAUGGGAGGUGGCUCCAUGACUUCAUCAAUCAUGCUGGCCUUAGUGCUGUUGUUGCAGUGUCUAAUGCACUCAUUGAUAUGUAUGCAAAGUGUGGUGCGGUUGGAGAGGCAUAUAUGGUUUUCGCAGACAUGAGCCGCAAAAAUAGGAUAACAUGGAAUACCAUGAUUCUAGGACUCGCGAUGCACGGCCAUUCGGAAGAUGCUCUCAAACUCUUUUCGCGGAUGUUGAAGGAUGGAUCCCAAGAGCCGGAUCAUGUUACUUUCUUGGGUGUUCUGUGCGCUUGUAGUCACGGCGGGAUGGUGAACGAGGGAAAAAUGUACUUUGAAUCCAUGAGAAAGGAUUACCAUAUCAAACCAACGAUUAGGCACUAUGGUUGCAUGGUCGAUAUGCUGGGAAGAGCAGGUUUUCUGGAGGAGGCGUAUGAAUUAAUAAGGAGCAUGCCCAUUAGAUGCAAUGCCAUAGUGUGGAGAUCGCUGUUGUGUGCUUGCCGUACGCACGGCAAUAUCGAACUUGGGGAAAUGGUGAGGAAGAAACUCUUGCACCUGGAACCGGAUCAUAGCAGCGACUAUGUCCAGCUUUCAGGCAUACACGCGAGUGUUGGUCAGUGGAAUUUAGUGCUGAACGAGAGAAGAAUGAUGAAGGACAGGGGAGUUGAGAAACCUGAGCCAGGUUACAGUUUUGUCGGGGUUGACGAUAUUAACGAUGGAGUCGUUUGCAGCGUAUAGAAACCCAGGUUACGAAAUGUCAAAAUAUUCAGAUGGCUCUCCAACUUUUGCCAACUUCCCUCGUAUACUCUACAAGAAGAUUGGUUGGGCAGACCUUUAAGAAGCAAACAUGUAUAGAUAGCAUACAGCUCUGAAAAUUUGUGAUUUCAGAUGGUUUUUGACACUUUCAGGAGCAAUUCCUUUUGACGUUCUGAGAAAAUAAAUCUCGGAUAACUAUAGGCACUUAUUAGAGGAGCUUUGAAAGUAUUAAGCGGUAUGCAUGGUAGCAUCGACUCAUAAUUAAAGUAAUAGUUGUGAAAUAAGGUCAAGAGUCUUGAUUAUUUAUACUUUACAAUAGAUUCAAUCGGUAAUUUCACAAUCCUGGAGAAGUCCAACGCUCAACUUGCUUACAGUAUUUGACACGAGUGAUGACAUUUGAACAUGACCGUCGCCAAUUAGGACAUCUUCUUCUGUUUCUUUUCCUUCCAAUCUGCAAUUUCGGCAUCAAUCCUCUUUGUCACACUGGCAUGAAACCCUGGGUAUGGCUCAUAUCCGAAGACAAUUUGAAGAACCU